CGCGCGAGGGCUUCUGGGAGUUGUAGUUUAACCUCUUUAGCCAGGAAUUCUGAAGAAAAUUGGGUAACAAAUUUUAUCAGAUUAUUUGGGCUGUUCUGAUAUGAAUCUCAUGAGAUUUUUUUCCCUCAUGCUCAGGACAGCAGUACCUCUGUGUUUCAAAACAACCAACACUGAGAUUCAGAGGAACUACAAAUCCCAUAAAGCGUUGCACGUCUAGGGUCUUUGGAGAACGAGGUCAGCCCCGGCGCGGGUGCAGUGGCGCGAGAUAGACUGUGAAGAAACAUGGCGGCCCAGACAUUGACUGGGAAAAUGUACUCCCUGCUGUUCCGCAGGACUUCCACCUUCGCCCUCACUAUCGUCGUGGGCGUCCUGUUCUUCGAGCGCGCCUUCGAUCAAGGCGCGAACGCCAUCUACGACCACAUCAACGAGGGGAAGCUGUGGAAACACAUCAAGCACAAGUAUGAGGACAAGUAGUUCCUUGGAGGCCCCCAUCCAGGCCAGAAGGACCAGGUCCACCAAGCAGCUGUUUGCCCAGAGCUGGAGCCUCAGCUUGAAGAUGAUGCUUAAGUUACUCUUCGUGGACCACCAUUCACUGUUGGCAAGAAACGGCUUUACCUUCAAAACAGACUCUUGACCUUCUGCUGUGUUUGAAGUAUGUUUAGUCAGCAUGAUCAGGAAAUAAAUGUGAAUUGCCCUUGAGACCUA